GACAGCUAAUUUCAAUCAGCUAUCGGUGUGGAUUUUCGUACGACAUCUUGGCACGACAUUAGAGUAUUUGGUUAUUUUGCUAAAUACAUAAAUUUAUUCAAAUUAUAUAUAAAAAAAUUGCAAAAUGACUCAAGCGUGGAGAGCAGCUGGUUUAACCUACAUUCAAUAUUCUAAUAUUUGUGCCCGCGUUGUACGUGAAGCCCUCAAAACCGAAUUGCGUGCUGAAGCAGCCAAAAGGAACGAAAGCCAUGUUAAAUUCACACCUUGGCUCAAUGGUAAACCAGCACAUGAGAAGUAGUUAAUUUAUAUAUUCUACAUAAACUUCAGUGGGACUCGUUCGCAAUCCAGUGCUUAAAUUUGGCUUUAUGAUUAUAAUCAAUAAUAUUCAUAAUUUUAAAUACCUUUCAAAUAGAUUUAAAAUAAAAUGAAUUAAACCAAACAAU